AUGCCCGGCGGGAAACGCGGGCUGGUGGCGCCGCAGAACACCUUCCUGGAGAACAUCGUGAGGAGGUCCAGCGAGACGAGCUUCCUGUUGGGGAACGCUCAGAUCGUGGAGUGGCCCGUCGUCUAUAGCAACGAUGGAUUCUGUAAACUGUCGGGGUUCCACAGGGCAGAGGUCAUGCAGAAGAGCUCCACCUGCAGCUUCAUGUACGGCGAACUCACCGAUAAAAAGACCAUUGACAAAGUGCGUGAGGCGUUUGAUAACUACGAGUCCGACUGCUUUGAGAUCCUGCUGUACCGAAAGAACCGAAGUCCAGUGUGGUUCUACAUGCAAGUGGCUCCCAUCAGAAACGAGAACGACAAAGUGGUUCUGUUCCUCUGCACCUUUAAAGACAUCACCCUGUUCAAGCAGCCAAUCGAGGACGAGAACACCAAAGCUCUGCUUUAUGCCACCAUCUUUGGAAACGUGACGACCAUCUUCCAGCAGAUGUACGCCAACACCAACCGCUACCACGAGAUGCUCAACAACGUCCGAGACUUCCUCAAACUCUACCAGGUCCCCAAAGGUCUGAGCGAGAGGGUCAUGGACUACAUCGUCUCCACCUGGUCCAUGUCCAAGGGCAUAGACACAGAGAAGAGACGAGCUUCCUGUUGGGGAACGCUCAGAUCGUGGAGUGGCCCGUCGUCUAUAGCAACGAUGGAUUCUGUAAACUGUCAGGGUUCCACAGGGCAGAGGUCAUGCAGAAGAGCUCCACCUGCAGGAGGUCCUGGGCAGUCUGUAGACAUAUCGGCCACUCCGUGGGUGAAAUUGGGGCACACUGGGGACAAAGUGCCACACCAGCUGUGCCAGCCAUCAUUGCCUGCCAUGGAGUAA